GUUUGGUUGUCCCAUUCUUACUCAUUGAAAACUACAUCUUCACAGCCACUGAAGCCUCAGCUUGCAGACAGGACACAGGAAAGGAUUCUCUGAGAAGAAUAUUCUGUUUGGUGCCACUUAGAUGCCACCAUGUCUUCAGACUGUUUUGAGACCACCAAUGACUACUAUCUCCUCUGUAACACCAACGAAGGUUGGGGCAUUGUUUUAGAGUCGCUGGCAGCCAUAGGGAUUGUUGUAUCAGUUCUGUUCCUCCUGGCAUUUCUCUGGCUCAUGCAUAAAGUUCAAGACUGCAAUCGAUGGUGCAUCCUUCCCACCCAGUUUGUCUUCCUCCUGAGUGUGUUGGGUCUCUUCAGUCUCACCUUCGCCUUCAUCGUCAGACUCAAUCUGCAGACUGGCCCUGUCCGCUACUUUCUCUUUGGUGUCCUCUUUGCUCUCUGUUAUUCCUGCCUUUUGGCCCAUGCUUCUAACCUGGUGAAGUUAGUUCGGGGAAGAGGCUGCUUCUCAUGGCCAAUAUUAUUGGGCAUUGCUAUUGGUUUCAGUCUGUUACAGAUAGUCAUCGCCAUUGAAUAUGUCACCCUCAUGAUGAACCGAGGUCCAAUGUUUAUAUAUAUGACCCCUUAUCAACUCAACAUAGAUUUUGUUGCUCUUUUAACCUAUGUCCUCUUCCUGAUGGUCCUAACCUUCUUUGUAUCCAAGGCCAUCUUCUGUGGCCCCUGUGAAGCCUGGAAGUGCCAUGGUACUUAUAUCUUCAUCACUAUGGUUUUCUCAAUUAUUAUCUGGGUGGUGUGGAUCACUAUGCUCUUAAGAGGUAAUCCCCAACUACAACAGCAGCCCACAUGGGAUGAUCCUGUCAUCUGCAUUGCCCUGGUCACCAACGCCUGGGUCUUCUUGCUGACUUACAUUGUGCCUGAGUUCUACAGUCUCUACUGUUCGUGUAAGCAGGACAAUGCUUUCCAAGCUCCAACAUACCAGCAGAGCUUCAAAAUGGAGACCCAGGAUCAUUCUCGAGCCCGAGACAGUGAUGGAGCUGAGGAAGAUAUAGCACUAACAUCAUGUGGUACCCCUAUUCAAGUACAGGCUGUUGAUCCAAAUCAAGAGUAUUACAUUCCCCGGGCCAAAGUCAACCUCCACCAGAAUACGGGAUUAUAAAGGCACCAAGAAGCAGCAAGGAGAAUUUGGGAGAAAGACAGAAGCUAUCUAAGCAUACAAUUAAUGGGCUGCAAUACGAUAUCAGCAUUGCAGUUGAAUUUCAAGAAAGCAUCAUGCAAAUGAAGUACCUGCCUCACCUUGCUUCUUUCCUGAUGUUCGAGAAGCCUCUUUAACAGUUCUGCAUGAAAAAAAAAUUCAUUUACCUUAUAGAAAAAUUACAACUUUGCUGCCUGUUCUAUCUUAACUGAGUCUCUUUUUGUUCAUUUAUAUCACUGAGAAAUUCACUUUCCUUAGAAGCAAUUUCUGAUGUAACACGGAAUUUGAUUGGUAGAAUUUAAAGCAAGUAUUAGCUAAGCUCACUUAUUUUAUGAAUGAGUAAACAAAGGCGUGGAGAGGGAAAGUGAUUUGACCAUAUGGUCAAUAAAUAGCAGAGUCAGAAAUCAAACCCAAUUCUUCUAACUUCAAAGAUAAUUUUCUUGGCAUUGUGUGAGGUUGUUUUGUCCUGAUAGACCCACCAUCCUCUUGUUUAAGAGAAUUGUCAUUCUAUUUAUAUGGCAAAAAAGGAGGAUUAGAUUCCACCUCCUAUCUGCUCUUAAUAAUAUGACUCCUGUCUUUAGCCUAAAGGAAUCAUAAUCUGUGCCUAAAAUUUUAGGGGUCUCUAUCAUUCCAUUAGAACUUGGUAAUCCAAACUACAUUGGCAUGAAUCUUUAGAAGUUUUAGUCCCAUAGUAUGACUGACUAGAAUAGCAGCAAACCUGGAAUAAGGUCAGUGAUUUGUUUGAUGAAUCAGUGACACCAGAAGCAAAGGCAAGCCAAAUUAUACUUAUAAAGAACUUUUAAUAGUGAAUAUGAAAUGUCAUCCUGGCUUGGUGUUUCUAACACAUAUGCCUUUGAACUAAUUGUGACGCCUUCAUGAAGUUCACCACGUGUCUAGGAAAUCAACAUGAUUUUGUUGAAAAUGUAUUUCCUUAUUUCUUAUACAUUUUCAAUAUUCUAUAACAUGCAACAUUCAUAUAGUGCUUUAAGGUUUAAAAAGUGUUUUGCUAUACUGUUUCAUGUUAAAUAUAGCAUCGAACACUAAGAAUUAGUUUAUCAGAUAAUCAGUUUACCAGAUAAUUUAAUAUAUUUAAAUUUACUGAGCGGGGAAAAAUACAAAUAUCUAUAAAUAAAGCAUUAGUACUGUUGUGACCGACUUAAAGUACAGUACAGGUUAACUGGUUGGGUAAAGAAUCUCUGAUCAGAACUUUGGUUCAUUUCAAUUUAACAAAUGUUACUUAGUGUCAUGUUACUUGGCUAUGCUAGACUCUUUUCUAGGUCCUGGAGGGAAUAUCUUAUGGAAAACAUCAGUGAAUUUAUGAUCUCAAACUUCUUCUGGGUAUUCUUUCCAAUGGUAUAAUUCACAACCUAUCCAGGGCUUCUCAUCCUGUGGGAACUUAGCCACUUGUUCUCCUGCAAAUUUUCUUGGUGAGUUAGAAGGGUAGGGAAAAAAGAUCAAUCACCAGAGUAGAAGCCUUCCUUGAGAUCUCUUGACAUUAAGUCAGCAGAGCUGUCCAGUGGGUACUGUUCUUUUGAUAUGUAACCAUUCCACAUCUUUUUCUGGUUAUAUAUUUAAUUAAUAAUACCUUUUA